CAGACCCCAGCAGGGGGAGGAGCCGCCGAAUCGAAAGAGAAAACCGCGGAAGACCUGUGGCUCGAACCUCCGGGCGGGCAUGGAGCCCCGAGCUUUGCUGCGCCUCUGGCUGCUGUGCUGCUGCGGAUGCGGCUGCUGCGGCGACAAUGACAACACGGGUCCCGGAGCCGCCUUCAUCCCCAGCGGGCCGCGGAGCCGCGAGCGACAGACGGCCGCCUUCCGGGAAAGUCUUAAAAGGCAUCACUACCUGAAUUCUCUAUUUCCUGGUGAAAACUACACAGCUGUCUAUGGAGUAAAUCAAUUUUCUUACUUGCUUCCUGAAGAGUUUAAAGCUAUUUAUUUAAGAAGCAAACCUUCCAAGUAUCCCAGAUAUCCAGUAGAAGCACCAAAGCCCACCUCCUCUGUGCCUUUGCCAGUAAAAUUUGACUGGAGGGACAAGCAUGUUGUCACACAAGUAAGAAACCAACACAUGUGUGGAGGGUGCUGGGCCUUCAGUGUGGUGGGUGCAGUGGAAUCCGCAUAUGCAAGAAAGGGGCAGCCUUUGGAAGAGCUGAGUGUCCAGCAGGUCAUUGACUGUUCAUACAAUAAUUACGGCUGUAAUGGUGGCACCCCUAGCAGCGCCUUCACCUGGCUAAAUAAGACACAAGUAAAACUGGUGAAAGACUCAGAAUACCCAUUUAAAGUUCAAAAUGGCUUGUGCCGUUACUUUUCUGAUUCACAUCCUGGAUAUUCAAUCAAAGACUAUUCUGCAUUUGAUUUCAGUGGCCAAGAAGAUGAAAUGGCAAAAGCACUCCUUAACUUUGGCCCUUUGGUAGUGGUAGUUGAUGCAAUGAGCUGGCAAGAUUACCUGGGAGGCAUCAUACAGCAUCAUUGUUCUAGUGGAGAAGCAAACCACGCAGUUCUCAUAACAGGAUUUGAUAAAACAGGAAGUACUCCAUAUUGGAUUGUGCGGAACUCCUGGGGCAGCUCCUGGGGAGUGGAUGGCUAUGCCCAUGUGAAGAUGGGAGGCAAUAUUUGUGGUAUCGCAGAUUCAGUUUCUGCUGUAUUUGUGUGAGAUAUCGAUCGUAUCAAGAGAUAACUGCAACCCACAAAAGGUCCUUGGGCUUAGAGUAUUUAAGCUGGGUUGUAGAAAAUUCUCUCACAGAGAGAUUUACAACCUAUUCAAGUCAGUAGGAAGUACAUCAGCACCAUAGUGUGGGAGAAAAUCUUCAGAACACUUCCUUUGCAAGAUCAAGAUCCACCAGAAGACAUUGUCAUUGCCUUCAAUUUCAUAUUAUCUGGUGCUGUUUUAUAAUUGCUUUUGUUUGCUAUGUGUUUAAUGACAUUCUUCUAAUAAAAUUAAAGCAGUAAUAA